AUGGAUACAGCUUAUGGUAACCCAACAUAUACAGCCCAUGGUAGUCCAAUGGAUACAGCCUAUGGUAACCCAACAUAUACAGCCCAUAGUAACCCAAUAGAUACAGCCUAUGGUAACCCAACAUAUACAGCCUAUGGUAUCCCAAUAGAUACAGCCUAUGGUAACCCAACAUAUACAGCCUAUGGUAUCCCAAUAGAUACAGCCCAUGGUAACCCAACAUAUAUAGCCCAUGGUCGUCCAAUGGAUACAGCCCAUGGUGACCCAGUGAGUACAGCCCAUGGUGACCCAGUGGAUACAGACCAUGGUGACCCAGUGGAUACAGCCCAUGGUGACCCAGUGGAUACAGCCCAUGGUGACCCAGUGGAUACAGCCCAUGGUGACCCAGUGGAUAUUUCCCAUGGUAAUUCAACACAAACUAUUGCGAAGAGAUCUUGA